ACCCGGAAACGGGAAGUAGUGGGCUGGUGACCGGAAGUGGCGUGCGGCCGGUGGUGGGAGCCGGGCGGUCGCUCGCCGCGGGCUGCUGGGAGAGCCGGGGCAGCCGCAGGGGGAGCGAGGCAGGGGCGGUGCGCGGCGCAGACUCUUCCCCCCGGCAACCGGGGCCGCGGAGGGUCGGGGCCGGGCAGCGCCAUGGCGGAAGCGACGGCGACUGCGACAGCGACGGCCGGUGGGAGGGCAGCCAGCGCCACCGUGACCGAGACCGUCACCAUUGAGCCGGAGAACCGCAGCCUGACCAUCAAGCUGAGGAAGCGAAAGCCGGAUAAGAAGGUGGAAUGGUCGAGCGACACGGUGGACAACGAGCACUUGGGCCGUAGGUCGUCCAAAUGCUGCUGCAUCUACGAGAAGCCGCGGGCCUUCGGCGAGAGCUCCACGGAGAGCGAGGACGAGGAGGACGAGGGCUGCGGCAACGCCCACUGCAUCCGGGGCCACAGGAAGGGGGAGCACGGGGGCCGAGGGGGCGGCGGCUCCGGGGGGGGCAGGGGCAGCCCCCGCAAGGCCGAGCCGCCGGGCCAGGACCACGCUGCAGCCAUGCAGCACUGAGCCCCCCCACCCCGCCGGACUGACCCGGGGACGCGGGCGUGUCCGUCUGUCCGUGAGCCUCGUGGCCUGCGAGCUGCUGUCGUCCGUCGGUCCCGCCCGGUGCCCCGGCGUGGAAUGUACCAAGCGACGGGCCGGCUGCGUCUCUGUGCUUCUCCAUUAAACGUCUGUGUCAGUGAC